AUGUCCCCGUCCUUCCUCACAACUCUCAAAGACCUGCGCCGCAGGUCCAUGGCCAGCUUCCGCAGCAACGACCGGUCCCCCUCCUCCGACUCUGCCUCAUCAUCAUCAUCAUCAUCAUCAUCUUCUUCUUCUUCUUCUUCUGCUGAAAACAAUCAACACUCCCAAAAUGCCACCAAUACAACCAUCUCAACCCCCUCCUCCCUCACUCCAGGCACCAACACUCCGGGAGAUGUUACCCCCCCUUCAGGUAUCCCCAUUCCGAGUCAAAAAUCCGAUACUGCGCUGAAUUUGCGUGUUAGGGAGCCGGGGACGACAGAGGUUAGGAGGCCUAAGUCGCAGUUGGUUCAUUCGACUACGAGUGGUAAUAGGUUGAGUGUUUCGCCGGGACAGGUUGCUGCCCCGAGUUUGUUACCUGGUCCGGGGAGGUUUCCUGCUCCCCCUCUGCCGGCGAUGAUGUCAGGGGCAGUGGCAGGGACACAGAUGUCGCCUUAUGCUCCGAGGGUGGUGAAUGUACCUGAUGGGAGUUGGGUCUACCAGAAACUCCUCCUCCUCACAGGCCACAUCGGCCCCUCCCCACAAUCCUACUCUCUCGACGGCACAAUCACCAUCACCCGCCUGAACAACAACCUUAAUCCCCCCGACCCGUCCUCCGACCCCGCCAUCCCUCCCCUCUCCUUCCCCGUGUGUGCCUCCCACUUCAAGGCCCUGGUCUACCUCCUCCCCGGGGCGAACCGCUUCCGCAUCGAAUUCGUCUCGCCCAAGCUCAAGGACGUCACGGCCAACGGAGUGAAUGUGAACGUUACCUACCUAACCGUGCACAUGAUCCCCCCGACUAGCACCCCCCCUCUGCAUUUGGUCAUCCUGCUGGCGAAAGACUCGCCCGGCGUGUUUGACGCGCCGCCGUCGCGGGUCGAGCGCGAGGGGAACGGGCUUGAGACGGCGGUACGCAAGUUUCGGAUGGCGGCGUAUCUUUGGCAGGCGUUUACUGCCGAGCAGAUGUAUCGCAAUCGGUUGGGCAGGAGGACGGUGAGGUUUGAAGAGGAGUGGACGGUGGGGAGUGUGGGGAAGAGGGAUUGGGAAGUGGGGGUGCUCAGGUCUGAGGCGAGGGUGCAUGUCAUCAGGAGUGAGAAGACAAUUGCUGAGUUGAGGGAUCCGGAACGCGCGCAGCAGAAUGAGAAUGCGGGGGACAAGGGGGGACUUUUUGGCAUCGCAGCCGACGCGGUGAGGGAUUACUUCAAACCGAGCAAAGGGCAAAAGAUCUACGCCGCCACCCUGUUGCUCGACGCACACUGGGACGUCGAAAAGCAGCUUAUUACGGGCCAUGCGGCAUUGGGAGGCUCAGUAGGUAACCUGCACCUUGCCGUCUUCGGCUCCCACUGCCUCUGGUCCUACCCCCCUUGUCUCGAAGACGUCAUCCCCUCCUUCACAGACUGUACCCCCACCGACACGUCCCACGUCGCUAACGACUGUGGCGACGCCCCCUGCGCAUGGGAAGCUCUGUGUCUCGGCGUCGGCGCCCAUCUUCAUGAGGUUGGGCAUGCGCUGGGCCUGCCGCAUCGCGACUCGGGGGUGAUGGCUAGAGAUUGGAGGAGGUUGAACAGGGUGUUCGUCGUGCGCGAGGGGUUUUCGGCUCGAACAAAAUCCCGCGGGGGAUUCGUCGGGGAGCUUGAGGACGGCGAGGGGUGCAGCUGGCAUAGAUUGGAUUGUUUGCGACUCAGGAGUCAUGCGUUGCUGAGGCUGCCGAAUGAUGCGGGUUUGGGCGAGCCGGGGGUGGAGGUUUGGGUUGUCGAGGAGGGGACCGUGGUUGUCACGGCGGGGAGUGGGCUGCAGGUCGUGGAGGUGUAUGAUGAGGGGGAAGAGGUUUGUAGGGUGUGGAUUGAGUACCUUCCCUCGGCACCAGGUGAAGGGCCGUUGAGGAUGGUAACGCUCACGGAGGGGGAGUUGAGAGCACGACUCAGGCAGGGGCAUCCUAAAUAUGUCGGUAAGGAGGGCCCUAAGGGGACGAUCAAGAUAGUGGUGAGGUCUUGUGCCGGGGGUGCUGCUGAAAUCGAGGACUUUGGUGCGCUCGUCUCAAGGGAAACGUCCGUCCUCCGCCUCACUCCUUCCAACAGCAACACCAACUCAACUGCCGCUGCGCUAGGCUCCAUGCUCCCCGGCUCAGCCCCCCCUACCAGAACGGCCUUUAAAGGCAAAAAGGUUGGGCAGGCGAAGCUCGAGGGGAGUGAGCCCGUGGAGGUUGUGUUUGCCAGUGCCUUGCCGAGAGCUGCCGGAGAGAAGGGCGUGGUGUUGAGUAAGGUGGUGGUGUAUCAUGGGGCGGCGGUGGAUGGCGUCGAGUUUGUGUACGAUGAUGGAGGUGUGCAGUUGUUUGGACGACGCGGAGGGAAAGGGGAGGGGUUUGAGAUGGACGUCCGCCGCGGAGAGUACCUCACCGGCUUCUUUGUCCGUGCCGGCUCCUGGAUCGAUGCGAUUCAGAUCCUGACCAGCCUCGGGAGGAGAUCACCUUUGUAUGGGAAUGCUAACGGUGGUGAUCCGCACACGCUCAUUCCCCCGAGGGGCUACACUGUUUGUGGUGUCACCGGCAGCUGUGGGCAAUGGCUGGAUUCGUUCGGUGUGAUUAUCUCGAGGUAA